CGAAAUGUGAAUUUGAAUCAUUCACUUGCAACAGGUCUUCGUGUGAAGACCGCAAAAUUGUUAAUAAAUUUUCAUUUCGAUAUGAACCUCUUGUUAAUUGUGUUUUUAACGCUUGCAAGCUCAAGUCUAGCUGCCAUAGAUACGACUUGUAAAAACCCUGGAGAAUACUGCUUGAACCAUUGGGAUUGUUGUACGAAUACCUGCCUCUCAUACCUUUACAAAUGCUCGAGUAUCCCAGCGCAGAUGAAUAGUUUCAGCCAGUCGUCGGCACCAGCUUUCCAAUCUCCAGCUUACUAUGCCCCAGCUAGUCCAACAGUUGAAACCUUGUCCUACGAAGGUUUGCUAGACUUCAUCUUCACCCCUCUGAGGGUGAUGGUAAAUGCAAUUGGGAGUGAAGAUAAUUCCAUUAAAUCACGUUUGGGGGAUGAAGCAGAUGAGGAGGAGCAAGAAACCAAGACGGAGAACCAAGUUAUCACCACAACAGACGGUCCCUCAACCCAGCCGCAAUGCAUGGAGAUUGGAUCGAAGUGUUAUUUCAAUGAAGAUUGUUGCACCAAGCGAUGUCAUGGAUUCCUACAUCAGUGUGUGACUUAGAAUUGCGAUUCUCGGCAAGGGCAAGAAUCUUAUCGAAAUCGUACGAGAGUAUUUAUUUAUAGUUUUCAUAUGAAAAAUUCUGAGAUAGUAGUUUAUUAAGAAGAAAAAAAAAAUAAACAAAAUAAACGUGUUUUUAUUAAAAAAUUAAACAAAAAAGU